UCAAUUUCAUAAAUCCCAAACCCCAAAAACAAAAAAUAAAAUAAACAAAAAACCAAACUUGAAUUCAAUGCAACCCAACAAAAAUCAUUUAAAACAAAACAAACUCUCAGCCUCAAAAUUUAAAACACAACCCUCUUUCACUUGCUUCACUCCUAGAACAAUAAAGUGAUAAACACAAACAUAAGACAGUUUCAGAUAACCAAAAAAAAAAAAAAAAGACACACACACACUCACACGGUUCUCAUAGAGAGAGAUGACAGGGCUUGUGAUGGUUACAAAGGGAGCUGGGUGUGGUGGUGGUGGUAGUGGUGGUGGUAAAGGAACAAAGGGAGUGAAGAGCUCAGAGGAAGAGCAAAACCAGCUUUCACUGGUGGCGUUUCUAAUGACUGCUCUGAGGAAAUCAAUGGUGGCUUGUCGAGUUGAUAGUGGAGAAGAUGUGAUGUCAACUGUUCAUCACAUGGAGAUCGGAUGGCCCACCAACGUGCAACAUAUUACACAUGUGACAUUCGAUAGGUUCAAUGGCUUUCUGGGUCUGCCUGUGGAGUUUGAGGUUGAGAUCCCAGGUCGAGUUCCAAGUGCUAGUGCAAGUGUGUUUGGCGUAUCUGCGGAGUCAAUGCAAUGCUCUUAUGAUUCAAAAGGAAAUAGCGUACCAACCAUACUCUUGCUAAUGCAGGAGCGCUUAUACUCUCAAGAAGGCCUAAAGGCAGAAGGAAUUUUCAGGAUAAACCCAGAGAAUAGCAAAGAGGAGCAUGUAAGGGACCAGCUGAACAGGGGUAUCGUCCCUGACAAUAUAGAUGUCCAUUGCUUGGCAGGGCUUAUAAAAGCCUGGUUCCGAGAACUUCCUUCAGGAGUCCUUGAUGGGCUUUCUCCUGAACAAGUUCUCCAAUGCAACACUGAAGAAGAAUCUGUUGAGCUUGUGAGUCAGCUAAAGCCAACUGAUGCUGCAUUGCUUAAUUGGGCAGUUGAUCUUAUGGCUGACGUUGUUGAAGAAGAGGAAUCUAACAAAAUGAAUGCCAGAAACAUUGCCAUGGUUUUUGCUCCAAAUAUGACUCAGAUGUCUGAUCCAUUGACGGCUCUAAUGCAUGCUGUUCAAGUAAUGAACUUGCUCAAGACCCUGAUUAUGAGAACACUAAGAGAACGUGAAGAGUCUGCAACCGGAGCAUAUUCACCUAUGUCAUCUCGUUCAUCUAAUCAGCAAACUGAUGAGGAUUUUGACAGUCAACAAGAGAUGGAUAUCAGCUGUGAAUCAAGAGGACCAGCAUCAGAUUAUGAUGAUGAUGAUGAUGAUAAUGUUCCUUAUGAACACUGCAGUGAAGAUGAAGAUGAAGUUGAGGUGAGGUCUUUAGGUGAGAUAGAAGAAUGCUUCUUAAGACAAUUGGAUGAGAGUAAUGACACUCAAAAUAGUUUGUCAGAACAACCAGCAAAUGAUUUGCGGAUAGAAUGUGUGGAGUCUGGUAAUGAUGGUGUGUCAUCCGAGGAAAUAAAGAAUGGAAAUCCUGGUUUGAGAUCAAGUGAUGUAGAAGACUUGGGGAGUAGUCUUACAGCUGUGGACUCAAAGACUGAUACAGAGAGCACGUCAAUAGGAUGUGCAAGCACAGAUGACAUGGAGAUGAUGGAUAGUAUGGAUUUCAUUUCACCCAUGCCAUUGUUUGCGUCUACUUAAACUCCUUGACUGGUUUUAUUUGACCAGUGGUAAUAUACUUUGUUAGCUCUCUACAAUCAUGUUUGCUUGUGUAAAUUAAUACGGCAAUGGGUGUGAGGCUUGUGUUAAAGUGAAGUAGGGAGUGUUUGCUUGUGGAUUGUGAAAGAUCACGAUUCAGCUUAGGGCUGAACUUGUGCUUGUUCUUUAUCUUUCAGUAGUGAACAAUUUCUAACUUUGACAUUUUCAGACUGGAAGGAAUUGUUGUCCGAAGUCCAGUCUGUCUUCUUUUUUAACAUUUUGAAAGUUUGUAUUGAAUUCUUAGGGAGCUUGAUUUAA